CAUACACCGGAGGAUUUCGAGCAAUAUAUGCAUGACCUUAAUGAUGAAAUCGCACAGAACAAGACUCGUAGCUAUACGCUGGAGAAGGCUAACCGUCUUUACAUACAUAGAGAAUUAGUAUUAAAAUAUGCAUUUGUGGCGGCUAUGGAGAAGUACUAUGCCGAACAGAUGAAACUUGUUGACUUUCGAGCAAAUCCCGAUGCUAUCGCUCAGGUAUUCAGCAUUUGCUUGUGA